AUGGCGACCACCGGCACCGAUGCAGACCACGAGGAUGGUCAAUCACACCACCUUGAGCACUCGGUCCACCAGCGGCUGAGGGCGAACUCGUCCAUUAUGCAGCUCAAGAAGAUCCUCGUGGCCAACCGAGGCGAGAUUCCCAUCAGAAUUUUCCGAACUGCUCACGAACUCUCCCUUCAGACCGUGGCUGUCUACAGCUAUGAAGACAGACUGGGCAUGCAUAGACAAAAGGCGGACGAAGCAUACAUGAUCGGCAAGCGAGGACAAUACACCCCCGUUGGUGCCUACCUGGCUGGUGACGAGAUCAUCAAGAUCGCCCUCGCCCACGGCGUUCAGAUGAUUCACCCAGGCUACGGUUUCUUGUCUGAGAACGCCGAGUUUGCGCGAAAGGUCGAGGAGGCCGGUAUCAUCUUCGUCGGUCCCUCUUAUCAGGUCAUUGAUGCUCUCGGUGACAAGGUCUCGGCUCGACGACUGGCCAUGAAAUGCAACGUACCAUGCGUACCCGGAACCGAAGGCCCAGUCGCCAAGUUUGAAGAGGUCAAGGCAUUCACGGACCAAUAUGGUUUUCCCAUCAUCAUCAAAGCUGCAUUCGGUGGAGGUGGCCGUGGCAUGAGAGUCGUCAGAGACCAAGAAAGCCUAAAGGAUUCAUUUGAGCGAGCUACCUCCGAGGCAAAGUCUGCCUUUGGCAACGGCACAGUCUUUGUCGAACGCUUUUUGGACAAGCCCAAGCACAUUGAAGUUCAACUGCUCGGUGACAACCACGGCAAUGUUGUUCAUCUGUACGAACGAGACUGCAGUGUUCAAAGACGGCACCAAAAAGUCGUGGAGCUAGCUCCUGCCAAAGAUCUUCCGUCCGAGGUCCGGGAUGCCAUUCUCAAUGAUGCAGUCAAACUAGCUCAAUCCGUCAACUAUCGUAAUGCAGGCACGGCAGAAUUCUUAGUGGACCAACAGAACAGAUAUUACUUUAUCGAAAUCAACCCCAGAAUCCAAGUCGAACACACCAUCACCGAGGAGAUUACUGGCAUCGAUAUUGUCGCCGCUCAGAUCCAAAUCGCGGCUGGUGCCUCUCUCGAGCAACUAGGCUUGACCCAGGACCGGAUCUCAACGCGCGGCUUCGCUAUCCAGUGCCGUAUCACCACGGAAGAUCCUUCCCAUGGAUUCUCACCCGAUACCGGCAAGAUCGAGGUGUACCGAUCGGCAGGAGGUAACGGCGUUCGUCUUGACGGUGGCAACGGAUUUGCUGGUGCUAUCAUCACUCCUCACUACGAUUCCAUGUUGGUGAAAUGCACUUGCCACGGCUCCACUUACGAGAUCGUGCGCCGAAAGAUGCUGCGAGCGCUGGUUGAAUUCCGCAUCCGUGGUGUGAAGACCAACAUCCCCUUCUUGGCCUCGCUUUUGACCCAUCCAACCUUUGUUGAGGGCACGUGCUGGACGACCUUCAUUGACGACACUCCAGAGCUGUUCAAACUGAUUGGCAGCCAGAACCGGGCCCAGAAGCUCCUUCAGUAUCUCGGCGAUCUUGCAGUCAAUGGAAGCAGCAUCAAAGGCCAGAUCGGCGAGUCGAAAUUCAAGGGUGAUAUCAUCAUGCCUACACUAUUUGAUGAGCAUGGCAAGGAGAUCAAUGUGGACGAGCCAUGCACGCAGGGGUGGAAAUCGAUCAUCGACAAAGAAGGACCUGCCGCAUUUGCCAAGGCAGUCCGAACGAACAAGGGGUGUCUCAUCAUGGAUACUACCUGGCGUGACGCACAUCAGUCUCUGUUGGCCACACGAGUCCGCACGGUCGACCUGUGCAACAUCGCCAAACAUACAAGUCAUGCACUCAACAACGCGUGGGCAUUGGAGUGCUGGGGUGGAGCCACGUUCGAUGUUGCUAUGCGAUUUUUGUAUGAGGACCCAUGGGAUCGACUCCGCAAGAUGAGAAAGCUGGUUCCCAACAUUCCCUUCCAGAUGUUGCUCCGUGGAGCCAACGGUGUUGCUUACAAGUCACUCCCCGACAACGCCAUUUACCAUUUCUGCAAGCAGGCGAAGAAGAACGGAAUGGAUAUCUUUAGAGUGUUUGAUGCUCUCAACGACAUCGACCAAUUGGAGGUGGGUAUGAGGGCUGUUCAGGAAGCCGGUGGUGUUGUGGAAGCCGCCAUCUGCUAUUCAGGUGACAUGCUUGUAAGUGUGCCUUGUUUCCGUGUUUGCUCGUUAUCUGCCUUUUCAUCCGGAGAUGGCAUCCGCGACCCCCCGUUCGUCUGGAACCCCAAGAAGAAAUAUAACUUGGAAUAUUACAUGAACCUCGUCGAGAAGAUUGUCAAGAUUGGGACCCACAUUCUCGGCAUCAAAGACAUGGCCGGCGUUCUGAAGCCCAAGGCUGCUCGUCUUCUUGUUGGCUCCAUCCGCAAGAAGUACCCCGAUCUCCCGAUCCAUGUCCACACCCACGACUCGGCGGGAACUGGAGUGGCAACCUACGUCGCUUGCGCGGAGGCUGGCGCUGAUGCUGUGGACACGGCAUCAGAUUCUAUGUCAGGCAUGACAUCUCAGCCAAGCGUUGGAGCUCUCCUUGCUUCUCUUGAAGGCACCGACUAUGACCCAGGUCUAAAUGGUCACAACGUGCGAGCACUGGACCAAUAUUGGUCCCAGCUGAGAUUGCUCUACUCACCGUUCGAAGCUGGCUUGACUGGCCCCGAUCCCGAAGUGUACGAACAUGAGAUCCCAGGAGGACAACUCACCAACUUGAUCUUCCAAGCCUCUCAACUCGGUCUAGGCGAGCAAUGGCUAGAGACGAAGAAGGCUUACGAACAGGCGAACGACCUCUUGGGGGACAUCGUCAAAGUCACUCCCACCUCCAAAGUGGUGGGUGAUCUCGCGCAAUUCAUGGUGUCCAACAAGUUGGAUGAAGAGGGCGUCAAGGCCAAAGCCAAGGAGUUGGAUUUCCCCGAAUCCGUCUUGGAGUUCUUCGAAGGGUACAUGGGUCAGCCAUACGGCGGAUUCCCCGAGCCACUGCGAAGCGACGUGCUCCGUGGACGCCGAAAGAUGGACAAGAGACCGGGGCUGUAUCUUGAGCCCAUUGACUUUGCCAAGGUCAAGAAGGACUUGAAGGAGAGAUUCAACACCACCGCAGAAACGGAUGUGGCGAGUUAUGUGAUGUACCCCAAGGUUUUUGAGGACUAUCGCAAAUUCGUGGACAAGUAUGGCGAUUUAUCGGUGCUCCCGACCAAGUACUUCCUGAACAAGCCAGAGAUUGGUGAGGAGUUCCACGUGGAGCUCGAAAAGGGCAAGGUUUUGAUCAUGAAGUUGCUGGCUGUGGGACCCCUGUCGGAAGCCACCGGCCAACGCGAAGUGUUCUACGAGGUGAACGGCGAAGUUCGGCAAGUGACAAUCGACGACAACAAGGCUGCGGUGGAGAACACCAGCCGGCCCAAGGCCGAUCCGGGCGACAGCAGCCAAGUCGGGGCUCCCAUGUCAGGCGUGGUGGUGGAGGUUCGAGCCAAGGAAGGGCACGACAUCAAGAAGGGCGACCCGAUUGCUGUGCUGAGCGCCAUGAAGAUGGAGAUGGUUAUCAGCGCUCCACAUUCUGGCAAAGUUGGCGAGAUUCUGGUCAAAGAAGGGGACUCGGUUGCUGGAUCGGAUUUGAUUUGCAAGAUUGCAAAGGCGUGA